CAUCUUUCUUUCUGGAGCCAUAGCAGUUUUGAUCAUUUAUUUAUCCUGAAUAAAGCUGAAGUAACUAUACUUUGGGUAUUGUACACGACAAGAGAAGAACAAUAACAGAGACUGCAGAUUUGCCAAAUUCCUGAUAUAAGACGACAGUUGCCUCAUCGCUCGACUUGUGGAGGUUAUCAACAUGGGCCGCUCUCGGAGCCGCAGCUCAUCACGGUCCAAACACUCCAAAAGUAGUAAGCACAGUAAGAAACGAAGCCGAUCUCGGUCGCGAUCAAGGGACAGGGAGAGAUCCAAGAAGCGGUCUAAGUCCCGGGAAGCGAAAAGGAACCGACGCCGAGAAUCUCGUUCCCGUUCGCGAUCCAUAACAGCCUCUGCACGCAGAGACAGAGCAGCCUCGCCACCGGAGCGCAUCGACAUCUUCGGCAGGACACUGAGCAAGAGAAAUACUCUGGACGAGAAGCAGAGGAAAGAGGAGGAAGAGAGAAAAGCAGAAAUGGAAAGACAGAGGAAGAUCCGGCAGCAGGAGAUCGAGGAGAAGCUGAUAGAGGAGGAGACCGCACGACGAGUGGAGGAGUUGGUGGCGAAGCGAGUGGAGGAGGAGCUAGAGAAGAGGAAGGAUGAGAUUGAGCGUGAGGUGCUGCGACGUGUUGAGGAAGCCAAGCGAAUCAUGGAGCGACAGCUGCUGGAGGAACUGGAGCGACAGCGACAGGCUGAGUUGGCAGCACAGAAGGCCAGAGAGGAGGAAGAAAAAUCUAAACGGGAGGAGCUGGAAAAAAUUCUGGAGGAGAAUAACCGCAAGAUCGCAGAGGCUCAGGCCAAACUGGCUGAGGAGCAAUUACGUAUUGUGGAAGAGCAGAGAAAGAUUCAUGAGGAGCGCAUGAAGCUGGAGCAGGACCGUCAAAGGCAGCAGAAGGAGGAGCAGAAAAUCAUCCUGGGCAAGGGCAAGUCUAGGCCCAAGCUUUCCUUCUCGCUCAAAGCCACGGAAUGAGACUGCUGUCCACACCCUUAUUCAUUGUCACAUUCAUCCCCAUUCAACUCUUCCUCGUCAUAACUCCCAUUCCUCCUCCUCCUGCGGGACACUCGCUUCAUUUUGGAAGUGCUGAUGAAAAACUGGAGUUAGUUGACUCACUACCCCCCCCCCAUCUGAAGCAUGUCACUGGUUUUUGUUUGUUUGUUUGAGAUGACUCCUCUCCCUCAAAGGAUUUGACUGCUCCCUCCAGUCUCCUCUCAACCCUACAGAUGGCUCAAUGUGCUUGUUUUUGUUUUUAUUUUGGUUUUUAGGGUUUUUGAACUUUUCAUGUAAAGUGCUAUAUAACAUGUUCACCUUUCCCCACCCUAUAAAGUCUUAAGUGGAACAGAAAGCAACUUUCAAUUUAUUAGAUAUCUUAACAGUCAGCAACCUACAAAGGAAAAUCAAUCCCUAUUAUAGAAGCGUGUGAGUGUGUGGCUUUGUCUAACUGAUCUUACUAUAAAUGCCCAUGUGCAGCCUUGAAGUUGGGGCACUCUUUUCCUGGUAUAUACUCUAUUUAAAUAUGACUGGUCUGAUGCACAGCUCAGCCAGGAUAAAGCACAAUUACCUUUAAGUCCAGCUGAUGAGUCAGAUCUUUCACUCCACAUUUCAUCAUUUAAACAGCACCUGUUUUUCUGACAAAAAUGUGUUUUUGUUUUUUUUAGUAGCACUUUUUCUUUCUGAGGAAACAUAGGGUUUGCGGCCAAUGUGAAGUACGUGAAUUCCAGGUGAACCUAACCUCCUCUCCAAAGCUGCUCAUGAAUGAAUCAUCAAACCUUUAACAGAAUGUAUUGUCUUAGAAGGGAAUGGGGGUGACCCCUGGGUAAUGGAGGAGAGAGAGAACAUUUCUUGUAUGGUGUAAUUUUAUUAGCCAUUUUGUGAAGCCCAGCCCCCAUCUCCUUUACAAGCUAAUAUGUCAUGAAACUGAUCCACAGUUACCUUAUUUUUUUAAAACAUAAAGGUACUCAUCGGGAUAAUAGUUAAUUACAUGAGAAUGGGAUAAUUCAGGCCAUGUUGUCGAACUUGGCAAACUUGCAUAACUUGAUUAAGUCAUGAUUUGUAGUGGAUAUGGACAAAUGCAGGUAAGGUGACUGAGUGAUCGAGUGAGUGAUCGAGUGAGUGAUAGAGUGAGUGAUCGAUCCUGGUUUAGGUUUGCUCCUAAUGUCAUGUGGAUUGGAAAUUGUCAUAACACCCUUUCCCCAUUUCCCAAAGGACUGAAGACUUCAAUAAAUCCAUUGAAUGCCUA